GACGCUCUGAUACAUACCCGCCGGACGCUACACCAACGUCCCGAACUCAUGUAUCAGGAAUCCCAAACCUCGGCCAUUGUCCAGAAAGCCUUGACCGAAAUGGGUAUUUCCAAUUUCACCACCGGCUGGGCCGUCAAUACGCAUCCCGAUGUCAUUCCCGGUCCGGGAGGCUACGGAAUUGUGGUCGACAUUGGGACGGGACAGGCUCCCUGCGUCCUCCUCCGUGCGGACAUGGACGCCUUGCCCAUUCUCGAACAGACCACGAACGUGGACGCCUUUCGAUCGCAGACAGACCACCAAAUGCAUGCCUGCGGGCACGACGGACACACCACCAUGUUACUCGGUGCGGCGGCGAUCCUCAAAGGCAUGGAGGCGUCACUGCCUGGGACAGUCCGGAUCAUGUUCCAGCCGGCCGAAGAAGGUGGAGCCGGGGCCAAGCGCAUGCGGGAAGAAGGCGUUCUGAAGCAAGCUCCCCAGCCAUCUUACGCCUUUGGGAUGCACGUGUGGCCGACUUUGCCUUCGGGGGUUGUAGCGACCCGACCCGGACCGCUCUUGGCUGCCUGCGAACGCUUCGAAAUACUCUUGGCCGGGGUUGGAGGACACGCCGCCAUGCCACACUUGACGAUCGAUCCAAUCGUCACCGCGAGCGCGAUUGUCAUGAACUUACAAACCAUCGUGUCGCGGACCAUUAGUCCGCUCGAAUCCGGAGUUUGUAGCAUUACCAAAAUCGAAGGUGGGGAUGCCUUUAACGUUAUUCCGCAUUCGGUACUGUUGCGGGGGACGAUUCGAGCGCUUCGUACGGAAACGUUGCUGAGUCUGCGGGACAAGGUCGAGCAUAUUGUGGAAAGUACGGCGGCCACGCACGGAUGUAACGUGACGAUUUCCUAUUCUCCGGAUUAUUAUCCACCGACCGUGAACGAUCCGGACUUGUACGAGACAUUUGCCAAACACGUGGGUGCUAUGGUAUCAUCGGAAGGAGUCAUACGGGAUACGGAACCCACCAUGGGCGCCGAAGACUUUUCUUUCGUGGCCGAAAGCAUUCCAAGCGCAUUUUUCUUGCUCGGGCAAGGCAGUGGCACGGAUCCGCCUACUGAUUACGGGUUGCAUCAUCCCCAUUUUGCCUUGGACGAAUCGGUUCUGCCGCAGGGCGUCGAGUUGCACGUCAAUUUGGCUCUGCGAGCCUUGCAGAAA